AUGGCAAGCCCAACCUCCCAGUCGCGAGUGCCUAAAGCAUGCGACCCUUGUAAUCGCCGCAAAGUCCGUUGCAACGGCCAGCAACGAUGUCAGCAAUGCGAGCACCUGGAUCUCCUGUGCACCUACACAGAGAAUCGAUCCUCACGGUCAAGAAAGCAUUCACUGCGACGGGGAGCCGUCAUCUCAAAAUACAAGAGCAGCAAUACACUGCCCAAAACCACCGCGCUGACACCGCUGCUCUCCCCUCCGCUGGCACCUACAGCCUCAUGCCAACUACCGGCCUCAUAUUUUGAAAGUCUCCUCCCAGACUACAUGACCUAUGUAUACCCAUUCAGCCCAAUAAUCACCGAUGCCGAAGUACGCCUCUCGAUCCAAAAAAUGGACUCCGAGAAAGAACAUGCCGCCUUCAUCUACGCCUUCACCGCGGUAACCCUGGACCUAACCCGCUCCUCUCACUCGGCCACUACAAACCCCAACAACGCGCCCACCUCAACCCAAAUCACAGACCUAAUGCGCCAGUCCGUGGAAACCCAACAACCACUCGUAAUAGGCUUCCGCCCGUCCAUUCUCCGCGCUACAACAAGCAUCUUCAUCCAGAUGUGCGCUAUGAGCCUGGGCCACUACGAUCUGGGCUUCUUCUACCUCCGGGAAGCAAUCAGCAUGAUCCAGAUCCUGCGCAUCUGCGACCAAACAGUGCAAGCGGGUCUCAACAUCGCAGAGCGCGCCCGUCGCCAACGUCUCUACUGGCAAUGCUUCAUCCACGAGCGGUUCAUGUCGAUCGUGUAUUUCUCGCCCGUGACGCUGCCACCGCACACGCAGUACCCGGAAGAAGACACGACGACGGCGUCCAUGAGCACGGGCAUCCAGCAGGGCUGGACGCAGGUGAUCAAGACGUUCUGCAUGCUGGAUGCGUCGUUCAUCAGUCUGUGGAUUGGGGAUCGAUCGCAGGUGACUGCGUCGUGGGUGGAGCGGAAGCAUCGCGAGCUGGACGACGAGCUCUGGGAAGUGGAGGUUUCGGCGCUGUCGGAGCUGCAGCAGGCGGAUUUGGUGAUUACGCGACAGUGGAUGCGGACGUUGUUGUGGCAGAUGGCGAUGUCGAAUUGUUUGCUUAGUUCGCAUGCGUCGUGUCCUUCGUUGGAGUUGGAUAUGCCGUUGCGGUUGUCGAGUCAAUUGAGGCAGUUUUUGACGAAGAUCUCGCAGAAUAUGAUUCGCGUGCAUGGGUCGUCGAUGAUUAGCAAGUUGUUGGAAAUUGUUAAUACUAUCGCGGAUGUGGUCAUUCAUGUGCCGCAGGCGACGACGGAGGAGACGACAAGUCGCAUUGAUGAUAUUGUGUUUAUGCAGGGGGUUGUGCUUUCUUUUCAUCAUUUGCAGGUUAUGUCGAAGGAUAUUCUGUUGGAUAAGUUCCGGCUGAUUAGGGGGAGAUUUCCACAUAUUGAGGUAGCUAUGCAGCUGGCUGUUUAG